UGGGAUCGAGGCUCCCGGCAUCAGGAGAACCAGCACUCUCCGCUUCAAUGCGUCACUGACGCAGCUGAUCUCAGACAGGUGAUGCUCCACGGGGUCCUCAACAGAGGGAGAUUAAUGUGAAACAUCAAAAACAAGGAUUUAUUUUCUCUGAUGUGGAAUACAACACAAGGAAUCCGCCACAACUUCCCCAACCUGCGAUGAUUUUCCCAUGCGUCAUUGCGUCUAAGCGUUGAAGGACGAUCGUUCUCCCUCCAGCUUUACCAGAGCUACCAACAAUGUCCAAGACACUGAAGAAGAAGAAGCACUGGUCCACUAAAGUGCAGGAGUGCACCCUGUCGUGGGGGGCUUCCGGGGAGUUGGUCGCUGUGGUGGAGGUGCAAGGCGGCGCGGAGCUGGGAGAGUUCCCGCACCUCGGACACACGGUACCGGAGGCGGUGGUUUGUCACGCCGGGAGGUUCCCCUGCAGCGGGGACGUGCUGCUGGAGGUGAACGGCACCCCGGUGAGCGGACUCACCAACAGGGACACGCAGGCUGUCAUCCGACACUUUCGGGAGCCCAUCCGCCUGAAGACGGUGAAACCAGGUAAGGUGUUGAACACUGACUUGCGUCACUACCUCAGCCUGCAGUUUCAGAAGGGCUCCCUGGACCACAAGCUGCAGCAGGUGAUCAGAGACAACCUGUACCUGCGCACCAUCCCCUGUACCACUCGGCAGCCCAGAGAGGGGGAAGUUCCUGGAGUGGACUACAACUUCAUCAGCGCGGGGGAGUUUCGGGAGCUGGAAGAAAGCGGACUGCUGCUGGAGAGUGGCACCUAUGAUGGUAACUACUAUGGGACCCCUAAGCCCCCUGCAGAGCCCAGCCCCGUGCAGCCGGACUUGGUGGACCAGGUUCUGUUCGAUGAGGAAUUUGACACGGAGGUCCAGCGGAAACGCACGACUUCUGUCAGUAAGAUGGACAGAAAGGACAGCGCUGCACCGGAGGAAGAAGAGGAAGAGGAGAGGCCUCCUAUGGUGAACGGCCUGGCUGAGCACAAGGACAAGGCGGAGUGGAGGAAGACGGUGCCCAGCUACAACCAGUCGGCGGCGGCUAUGGACUUGCGUGUGUGGAACACGCAGGAUGAAAGUCAGGAGUCUUUGCCGAAAAGCUGGGAGAUGGCCUACACAGAGACCGGCAUGGUGUAUUUCAUAGAUCACAACAGCAAGACCACGACCUGGCUGGACCCCCGCCUCGCCAAGAGGGCGAAGCCUCCUGAGAAAUGUGAAGAAGGAGAGCUGCCCUAUGGCUGGGAGAAGAUUGAGGACCCGCAGUACGGCACCUACUACGUAGACCACAUCAACCAGAAGACCCAGUUUGAGAAUCCAGUGCAGGAAGCUAAGAGGAAGUUGAGCGUCGACUCGGCUGCCGCGGUGCUGCCGCCGGCCGCCACGCCUGCAGCAGAGGAGCCUGGCAGGGCAGCGCGGCUCUUCACACGAGACCCGUCUCAGCUGCAGGGCUCCAUCCUGCAGACGGCUCUGAGGAAAAGCACCCAGGGCUUUGGGUUCACCAUCAUCGGAGGAGACCGACCCGAUGAGUUCCUUCAGGUCAAAAACGUCCUUCUGGACGGGCCUGCCGCGCAUGACAACAAGAUCGCCUCAGGGGACGUGAUCGUGGACAUUAACGGGAAGUGUGUUCUGGGGAAGACUCACGCUGACGUGGUGCAGAUGUUCCAGUCCGUCCCGAUCAACCAGUAUGUGGACAUGGUGCUGUGCCGGGGCUACCCCCUCCCUGAGGAAUCCAGCAGCAGCGAAGAGGCGUCAGGAGGCCUCUCCACCUCCAAGGACACUUCCCCUUCCCCCUCAACUUCCACGCCACAGGAACCCAUCUACAUGCUCCCAGACGGAGGGACCCUCCCCAGGCAGACUGCCACCGUGCCGCCCAUGACCAACGGAGGACGCCACCACCACCACCAUCCUCACCAGCACCACCACCUUCCUCACGUCGCCAACCAAGACGGGCCCGACCCCACUCUGCUCCAGCCGGAGCUGGUGAGCGUGCCCUUGGUAAAAGGCCCCGGUGGGUUCGGCUUCGCCAUCGCAGACUGUCCCCUGGGCCAGAAGGUGAAGAUGAUCCUGGAUGCCCAGUGGUGCCGCGGCCUGCUGAAGGGCGACGUCAUCAAGGAGAUCAACAGGCAGAACGUGCAGACGCUGAGCCACUCCCAGGUGGUGGACAUCCUCAAAGACCUGCCUGUGGGCAGCGAGGUCAACGUGCUGGUGCUGCGAGGAGGUCAGACGUCUCCCGUGAAAUCACUAAAACCCGUAACACCCCCCGCACCGCUGCAGCGACAGGAGAUGACCAACAGCACAGAGGCCCUCGGGGGGCCCGAGGCGGCCCCCGGCCCGUACACGUUCCCUGCCAACACGCUGCUCUCGUCUUCACCCAAACCGGACGCGUCUGAGCUCUACCUCAAGUCCAAGGCCUUGUUGGACAGCAAGCCUGCUAACACCAAGGACCUGGAUGUGUUCAUCAAAAGGAACCAGGAGUCAGGAUUUGGCUUCAGAGUCCUCGGGGGCGAGGGGCCGGACCAGCCGGUGUACAUCGGUGCCAUCGUGCCCCUCGGCGCGGCUGAGAAGGACGGCCGCCUGCGUGCCGGGGAUGAGCUGCUUUGCAUAGAUGGCGUGCCGGUCAAAGGCAAAUCCCACAAACAAGUGCUGGAGCUGAUGACCAACGCGGCUCGUAACGGCCAAGUCAUGCUCACGGUGCGCAGGAAGCUGACGCACUCAGACGGUGAUGAAGACGAGGGUCCGCAGCCGCAGCAUGUAGCGUCCGCCCUGGUCAACAGCUCGCCGCAGACGCCUCGCGUCGAGGUUCCCGACGCCACGCAGCCCGCUCAGUCCUCGCGGCUGGAGUGCUUCGACGUCACCCUGCAGCGCAGAGACAACGAGGGCUUUGGCUUCGUCAUCCUCACGUCAAAGAACAAGCCCCCACCUGGAGUGAUUCCUCACAAGAUCGGCCGUAUUAUCGAGGGCAGCCCGACAGACCGCGUGGGUCAGAUGAAGGUGGGCGACCGUAUCUCUGCCGUCAACGGCCGCUCCAUCAUGGAGCUGUCGCACAACGACAUCGUGCAGCUCAUCAAGGACGCCGGCAACUCUGUCACCCUCACCGUUGUGCCUGAAGACGACAGCGCUCCUCCAUCUGGAACAAACUCAGCCAAGCAGAGCCCUUCAGCUCAGCACAGAGCGGUGGGCCAGCAGCCUCCCAGCUACACAGACAGGAACGGAGACGCUGAGUCGAGGAACUCUUUCCCUCCACGAGAGACGGGAACUCUCCUCGCGUCGGGCUCUAAGCAGGGCUGCUUCGUGGUGGAGCUGGACCGCAGCCAGCGCGGCUUCGGCUUCAGUCUGAGAGGCGGGAAGGAGUACAACAUGGGCCUGUUCAUCCUGCGCCUGGCUGACGACGGACCGGCUCUGAACGACGGCAGGAUACAUGUUGGAGAUCAGAUCGUGGAGAUCAACGGCGAGGCCACGCAGGGCAUCACACACACUCGGGCCAUCGAGCUGAUCCAAGCGGGAGGCAGCAAAGUUCACCUGCUGCUGCGGCCGGGCCAGGGCUUAGUGCCGGAUCACAGUUCAAAGGACAAAGUGACCAUUCCAACUUCAAGCUUUCCCAGACUUUCUGCAUCUGACGGGCAGUCAUAUCCAGCAUCCCCCUCCUCUGUCUCCCUCUCUACCUCCGAACUGUCUCCAUCUUCACCCAAAACAACCGCUCCUGACGACUUCCCCGGGGCGUCUGGGUCCCCCGGCACCGGGCAGGAGCACGGGACGCAGGCGAACAGAUCCAGAGGACAGCAGCUCCCUCACCACAACACUAAGCGUACCAACAGCCCCAGCGCCAGGAAAACAAGCAGGAGUGACUCCAAACGUGCCAGUCCCAAGAGAGCCACUGAUGGCUGGGCAGAUCCUGAAGAGCGCUCUCAGAGCCCCAGGAAAACGGAGCGAGGCCACAGCGGAUCCCUGGAGGAUAUGAGGAAAGACAGAAGAGUCCACGGGCAGAGAGAACACCACUCCUCGAGCCCCAGGAAGAGCUCCAACAGGGAACUUGACCCUGCUGUGCCUUUGAAGAACCUGGAAGAGCCCCAGAGCCCCCGGCGUCCAGCUGGCCAACAGCCCGGCAUUGCCUCUGGAGACGGGAAGGACUGGAGGUACAAGGAGGAGGAUGCAGCCUACUGGCAGGAGAAGGGGGCUGCAGAGACGGGAGACAAAAGCCUGGGGACCAGUGAACGCCACAAGAAGAGUAGAAGGGCUGAGCAAGAGGCAGCGGCACAAAAGUCCCAGACGCACAGGGAGAGGGUGGGCUCGGACGCCGAUAGUGGCACCCUCGACCGGAGGAGCAGGAGAGAGAAGGGCGACAAGGAAUAUCGGGAAAGCAAGUACCAUGGGCCAAGUGAAGAAGUGAAGAAGGAUCCCAGAGGUUCAAACAGUAGCAUCCAGGACCCCAGCUGCAACGGGACCAAUAAGAAGGCUCUCAUCACCCCGGGUCCUUGGAAAGUUCCCAGUUCUUCCAAGGUCCUCUCCAAGGUGGACUCAACAUACGCCGAUGUCUGAGAUCCUCCCUGAAUAUAUAUUAAAGGGAUAAUUCACCAACAAUAGGAUCUUCUGUAUAUCAGUUACUCACUUUGUGUUUCCUUGAACUCUUGAGGAAAACUUCUCUUCCUGCCUCCUCAGUCGAAGUAAAUGGAAACAGCAAAAACUAUGAAAACAUCCACAUUUACAAACUCCUGCAGAAUAAUGAAGUCUCAUUCAUCCAGCUGUAUGCUCACUACUUGUCAUUAUAGCAUUAACAUUUAAUACACUUCUGCAUAAACAGUCUCAGUGUUUGAAUAGUUAGAUUGUGGUGAACGUGUUUGUGAGCACAUGGAGCCAUGUGGGCGGUGACAUGAGCUCAUUGAUAUACAAAUGAUCAUUUUGUGGGGAAAGUAGUCCCUCAAGGAGAGUCUUACGAAGAUGGACAUUAAGAACGGAAGGAUAUAUAUAUAUAUGUUGUGCCAUCUCGGACAAAGCAGAUCACUGUGUAACCAGCAACUUAGCUUCUCAUUGCGUCUGGUUUUUAUUUCUUUCACCCAGUUUGCCUCGGUCGGUUUGCAACGAGCUGCUGACCCGACGUGCUCGUACAUACAUGAGUGUUUGUACUGUACAAAGAUCUUUGGAAGUCUAUUUUGUGCCAAUCGGAGACUCCAGUUAGUAAGAAGCUGCUGCAUAUUGCACUCGCUGUGAGGUGACGAGAUGAAGCGCUCCCCUCGACGAAGGUUUUUUUUGAAGGUUUUGGACGUUUUCACACAGCUUUUCUUCCUGGUUCACCGACGGAUGUGACGAGGAAGUGACGCCGGUGAGUUUCUGGGCUGCAAAGGGCGACAGAGUGCGUCGCGUCAGAGCCCGACUACAGAGGGUUGACCUACGACCCCCCGGAGCUUUAUAUGCAUCAAUCAGCAGACCAGAUACUUGUGGUUGUACUUCUAAUGUUUGUUACAUGUGUGUUAAUAAUAAAGCAUAAUGUGAUUUAUUGAAAUUAAAUGUAAACAGUUAGUACACAUAUCCACGCUGUCAUUUCACUUUGGACGUGGACUUAAAGUGAUAGAAACAGAAUGUGUAGAUCAGCAUCUAACAAUAUGAAAUCUAUACAUUCUGUUUCUAAGAUCGGUCUGUUAACGUCCGCGAGUCAUAAUGUCGUCUACUGUUAGCAGCUCUGUGUGUGUGUGUGUGUGUGUGUGUGUGUGUGUGUGUGUGUGUGUGUGUGUGUGUGUGUGUGUGUGUGUGUGUGUGUGUGUACAAGCUGACUGGUAGGCCUGUGUAUUUUUAGAUAUCGCUGUAGCGUCGACUAUAAUCCCAGACAUAUUAUUUAACAAGGUGACACACAUAUUGACACAUAAUUUAGGUGAAUGAACAGAGCGUGAUUGUAAGAAGUGAGACCUCUGCCUUCAACUUCUUCAAACUUUAAGAGAUAUUUGUAUUUUUCACAAACGUAGGCACAAAGAAACAUCUCAUUCUAACCUCCAAAUCUAUUUUUGACCUUUUUUUUAAAAUUUAGUACAUGACCCAUAAUGUGAGAAUUAUAUAGUAUGUACAUGUUUGCUUAAAUGUUCAUCAUUAACAACACCUCGGCUGUCAGACUCCCUAACAACGCAGUUCAUUCUCUUCUCUUUGGCGGCUGCACACGGUGCGUAAUGUGAAAAUGUUAAAUUUAAUAAAACGGGGAUUUAAAUCCCAGAUGAAAAUGUAUAUUUUUAAUUUAUUGGGAUGACUUGUCCCUGCUCUGAAGACAAAGUGUAGUGUUGUUAAAGCUUCUGUGGGUUGCAGAGACAUCUAGUGGUCCGUGAGCUGCACCUCCUCCGCCCGACGUCACCAGGUGCAUCUGUGGCAACACUUACUAAUUUAUUGUUGAUAUGAUGGCCUACUGUAUUAUUUCCUGUUCAUGCCAUUACCAUGGAUGAUACUGUGGCCUUGCAUUGCUCCAACAUAUAUAUUAAAACAAAUAGAAAGUCGUAAAUGUUUAUAAAUUGUACAGCACAUGUAUAAAUAUUUGCCUUCAUGCAGAAAAUAAUCCUCUGUAAAUGGUUUCAUUAUUUUUUUAAGGGAGCUGAGAGGAAAUUAUAUUAAAAAAAUGGGUGAGAAGAAAUAAUGUGGUCAUGGCCUUCUGUUCAUGCACUGAUCAAUAAAGGUUUACUG